CAUAGCAUGAUCCAAAUCCGUCUAACCUCCAGCAGCGCUCCAUCGCCCGCGAUAAAGCUCAUUAAUUGAGGCGGAGCAGGCGAUGAUGAGGGUUAGGAUGAAGAUCGUGAUGAUGAGGAGAGAGAGAUCGGGGAGCUGCGAGGACUGAGAGCGCAUGAGGGAGAGCUUCCUGUCGCCGCAUGAUGAUGACGUCAGCCGGCUCCCUGUAUUGUUUUGGCUCGGAAUAUUUUUCCUCUCUAAAAUUCCUGAAAUAAACACAUUAAAGACGCGAUUUUAUACCCGAUUACAGCCUGAGAUCAAACCACAGGUCGGAGGUCAUGGAGGAGCAGAGUGGGUCACCGGGGGCCAACACAGACAACAGCAGCCAGCGCAAUGGAGAUGAGAAACCUCGCAGGAGCAGCUGGACCAAAGGCAGGAGGAGGAAGAAGCCACUUAAGGACAGUAACGCCCCCAAAGCCCCCUUGACAGGAUACGUGCGCUUCAUGAAUGAGCGCCGCGAGCAGCUGAGGGCGGAAAGACCAGACGUGCCUUUCCCAGAGAUCACCAGGAUGCUCGGGAAUGAAUGGAGCAAACUGCCUCCGGAAGAGAAACAGCGGUAUCUGGAUGAAGCGGACAAAGAUAAGGAGCGCUACAUGAGAGAACUGGAGCAGUAUCAGAAGACUGAAGCCUAUAAACACUUCAGCAGGAAGGUGCAAGAGAAACAAAAAGGAAAGAGGCACAGAGGAGAUGCUGGAAGGCAGGCGUCUGGUGAAUCACUUCAUGAGAAGGAUCUGGAGAUAAAGGAUCGCUCUGUGUUUGACAUUCCCAUCUUCACUGAAGAGUUUCUGAAUCACAGUAAAGCACGUGAGGCUGAACUGCGGCAGCUGAGGAAGACCAAUAUGGAGUAUGAAGAGCGUAACGCAGCGCUGCAGAAGCAUGUGGAGAGCAUGCAUUCUGCCGUGGAGCGUCUGGAAGGAGACGUGCAGCAGGAACGCACACGAAACGGCCUCCUGCAGCAGCACCUGGACACCCUGCUCUCGGCCCUCACACACAGCUUCUCUGCCGUCCCCCUGCCCGGCAGCGGCGAGACGCCCACACUCGAUUCCAUCGGCUCCUACAUGAAGAAGCUUCACGGCAUCAUUCUGUCCAACCCACAGGAGCACCAGCACCUGAUCAGCACCGUCAGGGAUGUGGUCAACCGCCUCGACAGGUAAUUGAGAGGCCCCGCCCCUCGUGCAGUAGCCCCUCCUACACUGCUAUGACCGCUUCUUGUGUCGAGCAGUAAUUGUGUCCUAUUAUUUAUUUUUUUACAAUGCUGUUUUUAUCUGCUUAUUUUAAGAUUUUAUUUAGCAGUUGACAUUUGCCAUGCAUUCAACAACAACAACAAAAAAUGCAACAUUAUUUAAGCAAUGAUACGGUUUCCUCUGCAAGGGUACAUGUUAUUUUGAUUUUAAGCUCAAUUUUAUACUUGUCGUUUCUUUCAUGUUACAUAAGAAAGUGAAAAUGUUGUAUUUGUGUGAGGAGAGGCAGGUUCAUCUGUAGCUUGUGUCUUUGUGCCGGAGUUCUGGAUUCCCUGUAUGUUCUUGACAUUUGAAGAAUUCAAUAAAGCAGAUGUAUGAAGACAUU